AGCACGAAAUGUCGAGGUCGACAGACAGUGCAGCCCGAGGCCUCGGAAAUUCUGAAUUGGCGAUCAAGACGCUCUGUGCGAGUCUCAAGCAGAGGCCUGGAAGUAACCAUUGUGGAUAUUACAUAUGUUGUAUGAUGAGUAACACUAGUGCCUACACGAGACACCCCAAUCUGUGGAAAGAAUAUAAAGACAAGCGAAGGAACCUAAUCAAGGAGGAUGAACUCCUAGGGCUCGUCGGCGACCUUUGCAACUUCAUCAUUGACGAGAUUGUUGAUUCUAGAGGCGCUUACCAUGAUGUAAGGUCCGACUUAGGCUCCAAUCCACUUCACCAACACCUGCGUGAGACACACAGGCUCUGUCUUGGACGUUGAUAACAAUCUAGACUAAGAUGCAUAUGGACUUGUAGGAAUAUUUGAACUUGUGAAUUAUGGUUAUGUAAUAGACUUUGCGAUG